AUGAUGGGCAAUAGUGAAGUAAUUCACGCUGAUUCUUAUGCGCCGGAUACUAUCGCCAUUGACACGCAAGCGUUGGUGAAUGGCCGAGCUCCGAAGGUACAGCUUAUCGAAAUGAACAUAAGCAUGACUCGUCAGGCAGAUGAUCGAGCUCCUCAAAAGCUAGGCAGCCGAUUGACGGAUGUGAAGGUGGUACCUAUAAAAGAUGAGGAAUCUAUUAUCGCCAGUCAACUCUCCGUCAAACAACAAUACGAAUUGCGGCGCCAAAUGCGGAACAAGAAUUACACCAAAAGAUGGAAGGCUUAUCUAGAAGAGGAAAACGGCUCGUAUGAAGAAGCAGAUUUGCAAUCAGGCAACGAUGAAAAGUGCGAGGACGAGCACGAGCACGCCACAAACACGGUGCGCAACCCAUCUCGGUACCUAACAGCUCUCUUGCGCCAUGAUCCAGAUCGACAAGAGUUGAUCGAACUGUUCUAUCACACUAAGUCACCACAGAUUGGUGCAUGCGUUGAGACUCUGCAGCGAAUGGCCAAUCCCGGGAAGAAACGGGCGACGUACAGAGGUGUAGACCCACCUGAGUCCGAGAGGUGUUCUCAUUGUAAGACAGAGUUGAACAUGCAGCGUCCCGAGCGUCUCAAUGCCCAUCUGUUAAAUUGCACACGACAGUCUCGUAUCAAAGCUCAAACCCAGCAUAUAAAAGCACAUUUCGAAUCGUCACUCCGGAAUUGUCGCUGGAAUGACUGCGGCCAUUCGUUUCGAUCGCAAAGCGCUGGCACGUAUUCUCUCCACGUCACACGUCAUCUUGAAUCCAAUCGACUGCAACAAUGCCUGUGGGAGCGUUGCGGGUUCACUGCAGCUUGUUAUGAAGAUCUCGCUCUUCAUGUUGGGAUUAAGCAUGAUGUGCCUACUGAAUGGACAACAACUACAAGGCGUCACUACUGUUACGAGCAUAACUUCUGGCUGGUGUCAGAUCAGGCAUGGUCUGAUCACCUUCGCCAGCACCUAGAAGACUUGAACGAUUUCUGUGGGCUCAUUCGCAACAAUGGCUUGAUAAUUGUAGCUGCCCAAUGUCUGUUUUGUCUUGGCGAUGUCAACGCUCCUCCCCACGUCCGGUGCGCGCAAUAUCCUGACAUAUUUAUGCUUCAUAAACAUAUGAAGUCACAUUUGGAGCACAACACCCAACUGGACACAUGUCCCCAUCCAAGAUGCGAUGACUCCCUAGGCUCGCAUGAAGCUUUCUGGCAGCAUGCCACCGACAUCCAUGGUAUUCCCCCCUUUGGCCCCCGACGGUUGAAACGUAAGCGGUCUGAUACUUUGGAGGAAAACGACUGCGUGAUUGAAUCAGAUCUGGGAGCCAUAAAGUCACAAUGA